UAGGCUGAGCCGUUGCUGCGAUACCGCCGCCGCGGGCUGAGGAGGCGCCAUGGCCGCGCGGGGCUGAGGGGAGGGGGCUGCGGCCGCUGCCAGCACUGAGGGAUCGAGGCGGCUCGAAGCUUUGUCGCUCUGAAGGAGCUUCGCAAAUGAAAGGACUGUUCCGUAUCCUUCGUUCCAGGGAGAAGUUGGAAAGGAAACGGACAUGGCGAGCGGCCACAGAACGCCUGUAGGCCAUCCUCCUUCGAGAGCAGGAGUAGGGCCGCCAGCGAGGCCAUCCUCUGCAGCAAGGGCUCCGUCAGCAGCCAGGAUAGGAACAGGGAUGCCUCCCAGUACAUCAAGAUCUGGUUCUCGUGCUGGUUCUUCAAGUGCAAGUGGAAUUUUGUCACCUCACAUUAAAGUGGCAGACCGUCCAGUCACACAGCAGGGAUUAAGUGGAAUGAAAACUGGAAUUAAAGGUCCUCAGAGGCAGAUAAUGGAUAAAACUUAUUAUCUUGGACUGCUGAGAAGCAAAACCAGUGAACUCACAGCAGAAAUUAACAAGCUGCAGGAAGAAAUAAAAAUGUACAAGGAAGAGAAAUCUGCUUAUUUGUCAUAUGAGAGAAGGGCAGAGGCUUUAGCUGGUGAAAUCAAAGAAUGGCAAGGUCAGCUCGAAGACUACAACAUGGUUGUGGAUCUACUUAAUACCAAUACAGACAUAGCAGAAGUGAUUCGUGAUUACAAUUUGUUAAAAGUUCAGAAUGACCGAGAAGCUCAGAGUGUGGAUAAAAUUUUCAUGGAAAGACAAACCACAGAAAAGUUCAUUCAAGCUGUGGAAGAAGAUAUCGAACGUGAAAAAGUUGCAGCAGAUGACAUAAUAAAAGGCAUGACUGAGGAAGAACAAGUUACAUAUACGGAGAUGAAGGCUGCGAAUGAAAAGCUGUCUGGGGAAUUAUUUGCUCAACAGCAGGAACUGGAUGCACUAAGCAUAAAGGAGGCGUCUCUGAGAGAUGAAAUAGCAUGCUCCCCUGUGAAAAUGGAGGCAGUGCAGAUGUAUGAAAAGCUUAGUGAGCUUGAAGAACGUCGGAAUCAAAUGAUUGCUGAGGAAGAGAGCAUGGAAUCUCCACAGGAGGAAAGGGAGAGAUUACUAAAACAGGUUAAAGAGGAUAAUCAAGAAAUAGCAAGCAUGGAAAGACUGCUGGCAGAAGUAAGAAAGAAAACAAACCAUUUUAAAAAGGUUAUUCAACAACUCGAUAUGGAUUUGGAGAAGCAUCAAGGUGAGGAAAACUGGAAAUAUGAGGAGCUGAAGAAGAGAGAAGUAAACAUAGACAAUUUUCUGGAAACUUUUGAAGAGCUGAAGGCUCAGGAACUGGAGAGAAAGGCCCAAAAAGAAGCCAGUAUUAUUGCACUCCUGGAACACUCAAGUAGGAAUGUGAACCGUAUGAAACAAAUUUCAUCUGUUACCAGCCAAGAGCUGAAGAUUAUGCAGGAAGACCUGACUUUCAAAUCAUCUGAAAUGCAGAAGUCACAGAACACUGCUAAGUAUCUGAUUACAGAGAGUCAGAAGCUGCAAAUGGACCUGCAGAAGAUGGAACUUCUGGAGAGCAAGAUGACUGAUGAACUGGCUUCCCUUAAAGAGAGAAUUGAACAAACCACAGCAGAACUGGAAGUUUAUAAGGAUUUGCCAGCUCUGAAAGCAUCAGGAGAAGAGAAGGAAAAGAGACUACAGGAGGACAAGGAAAAAUUAACCAAACUUAGCCAUGGUUUCAAGAAAAUAAUGGAAACCUUGAAUGCAGAAUAUGAGACCCUAAAGAGAGAGCUGCAGGAGAACGAGACAUAUUCGCAGCUUACGAAACUUGGAGAGGAAGUGGCAGCACCUUGAGCAAAAUAACUUUAUGAUGAAGGAAUUCAUAGCAACAAAAAGUCAAGAGAGUGACUACCAGCCAGUAAGGAAAAACGUGAGAAAGCUGGUCACAGAAUACAACAAAGCACUCAUAGAAGCUUUACAGAACACCAAGAGCUGAACCCCAGCACUUCCUUCCUGACCCAGUGGACCAACAAUGAGUGAUGUGCAGAGGCAGCACAAAGAGAUGGACUUCUGGGCUCAUUAGUUCACCACGACGAUGAUAAGUUUUCUUAAAAACUAUUUUUCCAUGUUUAUAGAAAUCCGUUUUAUAAAUCCAUGUUCACAGAAAUUCUUAGCUUUUACUCGUUCUCCUCUUUUUGCAACAUUUACAAAUGUUCAGUACGACGCUUCCAGGUAUUAGAAACGUAUGGAACUAAAAAGGAAACGCUGCAUAAUAACUGUGAAGUCACCGUGAUAUUUUACGAGGCCUGCUGCUGGAUUCAGUCUCAGAUGUGAAGACUCAGUCUGCUGUACACAAUGGAUGUGUAGCUGUGUUUUAUAUCAGGGUACCUUUAUUACAUAUUGAUAUAGCAGUUUAUAACAAGUAAAGGAAGCACUAAGAACGGCAGGCAUCUUCUGCAGUCAGAGCUGUUUCAUGUUUUAAAGACUUAGAAUAAAAGCAAAUGUCCUUUAA